AUGGAAGGCUACGAGACAUUAGGUGUUCUCGGUGAGGGGACGUACGGUGUAGUUGUGAAGGCACGCCACCGGGCCACUGGACGACUAGUGGCCAUUAAAAAGUACAAACAGGCAGAGGACGAUGAUCAUGUACGCAAGACAUCUCUGCGUGAGAUACGGGUAUUGAAACAGCUUCGACACCCAAAUGUCAUUUCACUAUUGGAUGUAUUUCGUCGUGAUGGGAAAUUGUAUCUUGUCUUUGAAUAUGUGGAGAACACGAUACUGCAACUCAUUGAAGAAAAACGGCAUGGUUUACCACCAGAGGAUGUGCGUCGCUAUACCUAUCAGUUACUUAACGGAGUGGAUUACUGUCAUGCACAUAACAUUAUCCACCGAGAUGUAAAACCGGAAAAUAUAUUAGUAUCAAAGGAGGGUUUAUUAAAGCUUUGCGACUUUGGUUUUGCCCGACAGUUAAGUUCAAAAGGGAAAUAUACAGAUUACGUUGCUACACGUUGGUAUCGUGCACCAGAGUUAUUAGUUGGAGAUGUCUCUUACGGUAAAGCUGUGGAUGUAUGGGCCAUUGGCUGCAUCUUCUCUGAGUUAUCAGAUGGACAACCCCUCUUUCCUGGAGAAUCGGAUUUGGAUCAACUUUCUCUUAUUCUCCGUACAUGCGGACCUGUUCCAAAUAGAAUGGUGGAUAUUUUUGAACACAACAGUUUAUAUCGCCGUGUUAUGUUUCCAUCAACUCCGAUUGAGUUGACAUUGCGUCAACGUUUUCACAAAUUUCCUGAACCAUGGUUAGAGUUUUUAACUUCUUGUCUACGCACAGAUCCUGCAGAACGUCCUUCGUGUGCGGCAUUAAUGAAUUUUCCAUACUUUACAGAAGACAACUUUAGAGCAGAAUAUGAAGUGGAACUACGUAGACUCUUUCAACAAAGCCAACAAGGUCUUAAAUCAAAUGUAGAACCCCAAACUGUUUCUAGCCCUCUCAGUUUACAUUCUAAGGGACAACCACUAGGAACGGAACUUGAGGAGGGAGGUGAACUCAUGUUACCAUUAUUAACAACAGUAUCACCAUCUGGGGGUAUGGAAGCAAAUGAUGGGAGUUCAAUGGGAAACAAAAGUUCUUCUCUAGUGGCUGGUACUGCUAUUACAGCUAUGGUUGGUGGAGGAGGAGGUGGUGGAAAUGCUAGUAAUAGUGUUGGUGUUGGUGGAAAUAGUAGUAGUAGUGUUGUUGGUGUUGGUGUUAGUGGAGCUGCUGCGGCUUCUUUUCAACAAUUGGGAACACUAUGGAACCAUUACUUGGGUUCAACUGUAGGGAGUAGUACGGGAAAUACAGGGGAACUUCCAAACAUUGCCAGUCGUCAACAUCAACCCUAUCAAAAUGUAUCAUCUCCAAUGCGUAAUGGUAUGAAAAAUACAAAUAAAUCAGAAAAUAAAGGAUCACAUGAAAUGUUUACUAGUCCAGUUCAAACGAUGAAAUACGCCGGUGGGGGUCAUGCUGUGAAUAAUACAAUGAACCCUUCUUCCCCUUCUGUUCAUAAAGGACAGAAAGUCUCUGGUAUCAACCCAAGUACACCCGUAGGUGGUCGUGGAAAUAGAAAAGGGAUUGGUAAUGUUAAUAAAAGUGGUCAGUCGACUAAGUGGAAGUCAGGAUCACUAAAAAAACAACUCAAACUCAACUACCCUAUGUUUCCCGCAUUACCAAGUGAUCGAAGUUCACCUGUACCAGCACCAUAUAAUACUAAUACGACAACGACGACGACAAAUACUACUACUACUAGCAGUGUCGCCCUUAAUGCUUUAUCCGUUAUUCGAGAUGGUAAUACCAGUUCUGUACAAAAGUUGGCACCCAACAACACGCAUGCAAAUACGGGGCAAACAACAAAUACCACUCAUACCCACACAACAUCGAAUGUAGGUGCUGGAAAUAGCACUGCCAGCAACAAUGUCACUAAACACAAGAAAAAACAAAACAAACGUGCAAUGGGACCAGGGGGAGUGAAAGAAGCAUCCCCAGGGGGCCCAGGAAAUAAUAAUUCUUACAACAAUGUCUCAGGGCAAAAGUAUUCCUUUCAAGAUGCCCCUUCAAAAAGAUAA